CCCUCUUCCUGCUUCGCAAGGGGAAAAAAACACACACACACACACACCUCUGACUGCAGGCAGCCAGCUGAGCCGUACUCACUUUCAUGUCCGCACUCUGCACUCAGCCAGUGUGGCUGCCCGCCUCCUGAAUGACGGCCCCAAUUCCGCAAGGCAGCCAAUGAUCCGGCAGGUGGUGCUUCCCGAGACGCUGAUGUAAGAAACCUAAUCAUCUGCUGUGAAGAAGUGACAGAGGGGGAAUACAGUUUUAUGUUGCAAUGGCUUUAGUUGACGGAGCAUGUGCAUGCACAGGCGUCUUUGAGAGAACCAGGAUAAAAGGUGCCUAAUGACCCUAGGGAGAGUCCACCAGUUACACUAUGUGUGGAGGACAGAGUGUCAGAGACCACAUUGUUUGCAUGCCUAGCGCCAGGCUCCCGGAGCAGAUGCUCUCUUCCGAACUCGGUCAUGGAAAGAGUUACCAGAAAACGUCCAAGCCGUGGGUUUAUAACAGGAGUCUCAGAAAGUGCUGCUAUUCCACUGGACUGUAGAAACCGCCACUUUAUGGACCCUUGAAGGAAUCGGGGAGGGGAGGAGAGAGCGUCUGACGGGUUGCAGAUACAGAAUCGCUUGAGGUCAAAAGGCAAAACGACCUUGUUGCACUUUGCCUUCCAUCCAUGCUAUUAUGCGGCCUGAUGUGUCCAGUUAAUGAUGCCGUGUCACCCCUUCAUUGACCCAGGUUCAACCCUGACCUCCGGUUGUGUCUGAUAACUGGUGCCUCGACAAAGGAUUGUUGGGAUUACUUUACCCGGGUGAAACUUGAAGUAUAAACAGGAAUCAAUUUAAAUAAUACAACUCUCGAGAAAUCUGAAGGAAGACGAAGUAGAACGUGGUACUCGUUACCCAGACUAGUGUGGGCAGAAGAAACUUUACUACCAUUUACCGAAUCAUCUUGCAUUCCAUGGCGCAAUGAUGUUGCGGGAUCGGAGGAAAGAAGAGGCAGGGCUGGCACCGACCUGCUCCGAAUGAAGGAAUGUAAUUCUAUAAUGGGAAGGACGGAACAGCGGAGAGUGACAAUCAUUCCCCAGACUCACUGCAGCUACAGUCAGAGAAAUAGCCUGCCCUCGCCCGCCUUGGCUUUACGGCCACACAGUGAACUUUGCGAGGUAGAAGGGCGUCGUUAUCCGAGAGCAGUUUGAUGCUGGGCACGGUUCCCUGGCAGCAGAGACCCAACUAGAACCAGUGCCCGUGCCAGCAGAUGGCAGAGGGAGGGCUGCCUUAGGCCGGGCUUCGUGUCACCGCGGACUGCCGGCGAUCUGGCACUCGCAACCACUCUUACCACGAUGGAAACAAAGCGUAGUACGCUGGCCUCAAGCCGGACUGCACAGGAGGCCGGCGGCUCAGCACAGGGGAGCAGAGAGUGGACGCCCCUUCCACGAGGGCAACCCAACGCCUUCGCCGAGAAGCCGGCCCCAGGGCGGACCAUGGAGGCCGUGCAGCCAUACUACCGGGCCGCCCCCAUCGAGGCUCCCCCACCUCCUCCUCCUCCUGCCCACCACCCGCACCUUCUCCCCGGCCCCUACCACUACCCCCAGCCCCCGUUCCCAGCCUUCCCCAGCCGGUCUGGGACCACCCCGUCCUACGUUCCCGAGGGCAGGUCCUGGCAGUCUGAGAGCGCCAGGGCCCCGGAGUCCUACCAGGCCCGGCUGCCCCAACACCACCCCCACCACCAGCAGCAGCAGCAGCAGCAGCCCGCUGGUAAGAAGGCGCCGGGCUUCAGGCAUUACCCGCCGGUCCCAAGAGAGGAGGCGCUGGUGAAGGAGCGCAAGGUCAGGAAGCCGGGCCGGCACAUCUGCCACUACUGCGGCCGGGCCUGUGCGAAGCCCAGCGUGCUGAAGAAGCACAUUCGCUCGCACACGGGCGAGCGUCCUUACCCCUGCAUCCCCUGCGGCUUCUCCUUCAAGACCAAGAGCAACCUGUACAAGCACCGCAAGUCGCACGCCCACGCCAUCAAGGCUGGCCUGGUGCCCCCGGCGGCAGAGCAGGGGUGCGAGGGAGGGUGGUUAGGGACCGCCGCCCCAGAGCUGCCCUCCGAUGGAGACGAGAGCACGGACACGGACGAGGAGGUACGGCUGAGAGGGAGGCCAUCACCCCGGGGGGAGACGGAGGCGGGCAGAGAAGGAGAUGGUGAAGCCUAUCUCCCCCAGUCCUCUGGGGGCUCAUUGGACGCCCCAGGAGAGGAGCCGUCUCACACCCACCCCCACAUGAAGGUGCCGAUCCUCAUCGUUCCCAGGGCCUCGGUAGGGGUGACGUCCUCGCAGACCGAAGCCCCGGUCUUCAUCAAAGCUGAACCGUGCCGGAGCCCCGGCCUGGCCCAGAGUUACGGCGGGCAGCACGUCAUCAAGCAGAAGCUGGCGCUGAGGCUGAGUGAGAAGCGGGGGCAGGACAGUGAGCAGUCCCUCAAUCUGCUCAGCCCUCACAGCAAGGGCAGCACAGACUCGGGCUACUUCUCCCGCUCAGAAAGUGCCGAGCAGCAGGCCAGCCCUCCCAACACCAACGCCAAGUCCUACGCUGAAAUCAUCUACGGGAAGUUCGCCCGGCGGGCGCCCCGGACUGUGGUGGCUAACGUGGCCAUCCAGGAGGCGCAGCUGGCGGGCCUGAAGGAGAAGGCCGAGUCGCUGCCCCGUUCCGGCUCCAAGCCGGAAUUCGAGAAGCUCCUGGAGGAGCACAUCAUUCAGGUGAUGACACACGGCGAGGCGCUGAUGGAGCCGGGUCAGGUGAAAGCUCGGAGGUUCUUCCUGCCCGGAGAGGACAGCGCGGAGAUGCCGCUGUACCCAGACAUCAAGGCCGAAGUCUAUCGCCUCGCAUCCCAGGUUGACAAGGAGCUGCUGGGUCUUCCCGCCGACGCGGCUGAGAGCUCCCCUCUCAUCCGGUGCAACUCCAUGCCCAUAACCCCGGGCAGCGGGCUGGGCGUCCCGCAGGUGCUGCGGGGCAGCCACUCCUUCGACGAGCGGAUGGCCAGCCCCGACGAUGUCUUCCACUCCGGCUCUGCCGCAUUGCCCCAGCAGCGCUGCCUGUUGAAGAGGCAGACGGCCAUCGAGCUGCUCCACGGCCCCGACGCCCACUCGCCGGCAGAUGACCCCGAGGCGGGCCACGGCCUCCAGAGAGUCGGCGUGGUCCCCAAGGUGGAGGAAGGGGAGCCCAUCGAGGGUGGGCAGAGGGGACAAGGCACCGCCUUCGAGUGCGAGGCCUGCGGCGUCAAGUACCAGAUCUGGGAUAACUUCGAGGCCCACCGCAAGUUCUACUGCUCGCCCGCCCACGGGCCCAGGGUGACGGGCUCGGCCGCCCACCGACCGCGAGGCGAGAGCGGCGCCGAGUACGGGGCUCUCCCCCAGGCCCCGCACCACAAGCCCGCCCACGGCCCGGAGAACCUGCCCUUCCGCAAGAGGAGGAAAGAGAAGAGCGUGGGGGACGAGGACGAACUGGCUGGAGACUACGGGAGUCCUUACAGUGGCUCCAGCACCUCGCCCGUCUCGUUGUGCGACUCCAGAGCCGAGUCCUUGGAGCAGGAGCCGGUGGCCAGGGCUACGAAAGUCGCCGAGGAGCGGGGGGAGGAAGAGGGAGCGGGCGUUUCCGAGCCCUGGCCUGUCUCGCCGCAGGCCUCCCGCAGGCCCGGCGGCAACGAGAUCUCCGUGAUCCAGCACACUAACUCCCUGAGCAGGCCCAGCUCCUUCGAGCGGACAGAGUCGAUGGAGGUGACGCCCGCCGACCCAACCCUCUCCGACCCCCAGCCCGAGUCGGCCCCCUCGGGACUGGCCGCCUCCCCUCAGCCUAAGCUGGUGCGCCAACGUAACAUCCAAGUGCCGGAGAUCCGUGUGACCGAAGAGCCGGACAAGCCCGAGAAGGAGCAGGAGCCACCGGCAAAGGAGCCGGAGAAGAUAACGGAGGAGUUUCAGUGGCCGCAGAGGAGUGAGACCCUGUCCCAGCUCCCCGCCGAGAAGCUGCCGCCCAAGAAGAAGAGGCUACGCCUGGCCGACCUGGAGUACUCGUCCGGGGAGUCGAGCUUCGAGUCGGGGACCUUGAGCCGCAGCCCCAGCCAAGAGAGCAACUGGUCGCACAGCUCCAGCCUCUCCCUCUCCUUGGACCGGGACGAAGGACCGAAGGCUCCGGAUUUGGGCCGGGCCCCGGCAGAGUACCUGACUGUGCCCUACGGCGCCAGCGGGCCGCAGCAGAAGGAGAUGAGGCGCUCGGCCUCGGAGCAGACGCCGUGCCAGCCCUGCGUGGAGAAUGCGGAGGCCCGCAGCAAGUCCUUCGACUACGGGAGCCUGUCGGCCGGGCCCGGCUUGCUGGGACUGCCGAUACACGCCUCCUCGCCCGUGGCCAUGGAGAGGAGAAAGUGCUUCUUGGUUCGCCAGGCCACCCUCAGCCAGUACUCGGAGAGCCCCCAAGCCGAGCCGUGCCCAGAGCCCGGGCAAUCCAUCCAGCUCAACCAGGGCUACCCGCUGCAGGCGCCGUGGCUCCGCUCCCCAUCGCCCGGCAUCGAGGCCUCCCCGCAGCCCCCAACCAUCCCCCUCUUCCCGGGGCCGGCCAGACUCCCGGGUCCGGCUGGCGGGCCCGAACCGCCGUCUCUCAUCCCCUACGGCCCCUGGCGGGCCUUGCCGUCGGAUCCAGAGGGCUGGCCGGACGAAGGAAGGCUCCGCUCCCGCCCGGAGAGUCAACAUGUCUCGUCUCCCCGAGCCUCCCCCCAGCACUCCCCCAGCCGCCAGGGAACACCUGCCCUCGCCACCACCGUCCUGGCUCAAAGCCCUACCUCGCUGUUGGUGCCGGUCAGGAUCGAGGCGUACGUCCCAAGCUACGGCACCGUUACCUACACCAGCGUUUCCCACGCCGACUCCGCCGCUUCAUGCCGUGUUCUCCCGGCCAGAGGUGGAGCCGGGGUGGGGCGGGAGCUGUCCCGGUUGCUAGCGGCCCAGCGCGGUUCGCUGCUUCUGCCGCCCUGGAAGCUUCCCCUGCCGCCGGGUCGGGCCGAGGCGCCCCCGUCUGAGGGUUCCUCCUCCUCCUCCUCCUCGGCGGCUGGCGGCAGCAAGCGGGUGCUGUCGCCGGCCAGCAGCCUGGAGCUGGUGCUGGAGUGCCAGCGGCAGAAGCGGGUGAAGGAGGAGAAGAUCUGCGGGCAGAUGAUGGAGAAGUUGAGCCUCCGGGAGUCAACCAAGCCGGCCAAGCCGCAGCUGGUGCGGCAGCGCUGCACCACCGAGCUGAGGGACAACCGUGCACCUCCCUCCCCUCAGGACCACUGGUCCCGCCACCACAGACACUCCCACCCCGACGAGCAGUGCAGCGACGUGGAGAGCGGGGGCGGAGAGAGCCCGCUGCCCUCCGACCCUUCCCCCGACCCCCCUGCUCACCGCUUCCCCAUCAGCAUGGUGGUCCAGGUGCCCUCGGGUGCCGGGCCGCCGGUGGGGGGGACCCUCCUGUUGGCCGACGCCACCGAGCUCCAGCAGUUCCUGCAGUUCCCCAGCCUCCGCAGCAACGUGACAGUGAGCUGGUGCUUCCUCAACUACACCAAGCCCAGCCCUGCCCGGCAGACAGCCCCCACCUCCUCCAUCUACGCCGCCUGGUGUAUCAGCUCCUACAACCCCAAUCCGCCCGGCACUCCAACCAAGGUGGCCUUGGCCCUUCUACGGUCCAGGCAGAAGACGUGCCGAGAGAUCUACAUCACCUCUGCUGUCGGCUGGCCCAGCGCCGGCAAACUGGUGGCUUCCAGCGGGUGGAAACAACGGUUAGCCCAGAUUAAAUGGUACGAAUCUUCCCAGCAAGAGAGUGACAGAACUGGAAGAAAAACAACAGGAAGUAUGGAAAAGGAGAGGGAGAAGAUGGAUACAUGUGUCACAAAAGACCUUGGAACUAAAAUGAUUGAGCCCACAAGGAUUAAAAUCUUCGAUGGAGGCUACAAAUCCAACGAAGAUUAUGUUUAUGUGAGAGGGCGAGGAAGAGGGAAAUAUAUCUGCGAGGAAUGUGGAAUCCGGUGUAAGAAACCAAGCAUGCUGAAGAAGCAUAUUCGCACACACACAGAUCUCCGACCCUUCAUGUGCAAGUUCUGUAACUUUGCUUUCAAAACUAAAGGAAACCUGACAAAGCAUAUGAAGUCAAAGGCUCACACGAAGAAGUGCUUGGAGCUGGGAAUUGCAAUAAACUGCAUGUACAACACCGACACAGAGGAAACAGGAAUACUGGAUGAGACGGAAAAAGAUGCCCUGAAUGAAGUGCCGGUCCUUCAUCAGUUCUCGGAUCCCGAGGACACAGAUGGAGCCGAGGAAGAGGGAGACGAAGAUGAUGACGACGAUGAUGAUGAUGAUGAUGACCGACAAGGAGACAGUACGCCGACCACGAGAUCUCGAAGCACCAGCCCCUUAGCCCACAGUUCGAAGCCACACUCUGUCACUUUUAGUAUUGCCUCAGCCUCUUCGUAUGAUGUUUCGCAUUCAAGCAACCAGUCUUCCCUCAUCAGUUACUUAGUGACGGUUCCAAGGAUUCAAGUGACUCAGCUCAUCCCGCCCAGCUAUACUCACGCAGGGUCUCCAUUGACAGAUUAUCAGAGGCAUUUGCACAAUAGGUUGAUAGAAUCAGUGGAGUACAAAGAUAGACUGGAUAUACCGGCCACAGCUGGCUUGUGGCCUUCGCAGACUGAAGACGGGUCUUCGAGAGAGGAUAGUUCCAGAGAAAUGUCCCCCUCCGGAGAUACGGGUUCAAGUACUCAACCCUCACCAGCCUACGAGGGAUCUCCAGGGAGGGAUGCGUCGCCAACUUCUCGCAGGUACCUGUCUCCCAGGCGAGACCUCUCGCCCAGACCCCACCUGUCUCCAAGACGAGAGAUAUCGCCUUUAAGACACCGGUCGCCAAAGAGGGAAACCCACCUGAGCGAUUGGUCUCCAAAAAGAGAUGCUUCCCCACACAGCCACUUCCUUCCAAGGAGAGAGAUUUCCUCAGCAAGGCAGGUCUCCCCUGCUAAAGACCACUCCCCAAGAAGGGAACUAUCUCCCAGGAGGGAUUACAGAGAAAGGAUGCACGUGCCAAUGAUAAGAGCAACAUUGCCACGGAGAGGUUCAUCCCAGAGUGAAUAUGUAAUGGGCCAGUAUAUGCAGCAUCCAGAAAUGAACCUGAGACAAUCGUGGUUGACCCCGUACGAUAGCAGCAGGCCAACACCCUGGCCGUGGUAUCCCAGUGAGAAUGCCCAAGGAGAUCCGAGCCACUCAGUCCUGCCCGAGGCUCAGACUGGUUGUCUCUUCACACACUUGCCUCUGCACUCCCAGCAGCAGGCGAGGGCCCCCUACCAAAUGAUCCCCAUCGGGGGCAUCCAAAUGGUCCAGUCGGGGCCCCCAGCCUUUCCCGGGAACCUGCCAGCAUCACAACUCCCUCUGCGGGGUAGACGGAGAGAGGAGAGCAUCAUCGACGAAGCCACCCACUGCGUCAUAGAGAGCAUCAAAGAGAUGGACAUCUUCUCCAAGGCGGAGGAGGUGUCCGUACCUUCCCCUAUGGCCGUCUCGCCACCGAGGCACAACUUCCUCGAGGGAUCCGGGUCGUCCCCCAGGCCGAGGGAGCGAGGCGCGAUGGGCGACGAGGCGUGCGAGGACCAUGCCCUCCAGAGCCGAGUGGAUGCGGCCAGGGAGUUUGCAGCCCGUUCCCGGGCGGACGAGGCGGCGAAGGCCUUCGAGCGGCUCUGCCAGCCAGAGAAAGGUGCGCUCCUUCCGCCGGGCGCGGAGCACUUCAGCGGAGCGCGCCCCGCCCGCGCCAAUGGCGGGACCUCCUUCCCUCGCCAGCAUGCCGGUGAAGAGGGACCUGCGGACGAAAGGCUCAGAAACAGUGAUGGGUCACGAUGACCCAGAGCACCAAGUGUACUGCAUGAACCAUUGUCAGUGUGGAGAUGAUCUGAAGGUCAGCGUUGAGGCUGUGAGGCCAGGGGCUGGGGUGUUGGUCACACCAGCUGUCCCUCACUUUGUCCACGACUGGAUCCGACGUACACAAAUAUAUGGAGAUAUUUUCUAUUUGUUUGUUU